GGCUGCCGCAGCUGUUGACGGGCGUCUGAAAUCGCUGCUGACGCUCGUCACCCCGCGCGACGACUGCCUCUCGACGGCGUCAUCACUUACCAGCAAUGACAGUAGCAACAAUAGCAGCAGCAACAGCGGCAGCAGCAGCAGCAGUAGCGGCGGCAUCAGUCCGCACGAGCGCUACAGCGAUGCCAGCAUUCAAGAAGCAGCCCCGCAGUCGCAGGCGUCGCUGCGCUCGAGCGUGUCUCGCUCGACGCCCUGUUCGACACCUUUCCUCGUGCUCUAUCGCGAAUGCUCAGCCACAACACUCGCAACGAGCCCUACGGCGCCGAGUUCCUCGCUGCGUACGAAAAGUUUGUCCAACGGACAUCCGAUCUCAGACUCUCCAAGAACGACUUUGAAACGGUCAAGGUCAUUGGCAGAGGGUUCUUUGGCGAGGUCCGCCUCGUCAAACGCAAGGGCUCCGAGGAGGUCUACGCCAUGAAAAUCUUAAACAAGAACGACAUGAUUCAUCGACAGGAGACCGCAAAGUUCAAGCAAGAGCGCGAUGUCAUGAUCGCCGCCUCGUCCAAGGGGACGAACGGACACCACCCGUGGCUGACAUCGUUGUACUGCGCCUUCCAGGAUGAAGAGCGCCUGUUUCUUGUGAUGGACUAUCACCCUGGCGGUGACUUGCUGUCGCUGCUGAGCAAGUACGACGGCUGCCUCCCCGAGGACGUGGCGCGCUUUUACAUGGCGGAGAUUGUGCUGGCGGUCGAGUCGUUGCACGAGCUCAACUUUGUCCAUCGCGACUUGAAGCCCGACAACAUUCUCAUCGACGCCCAGGGCCACAUUAAGAUUGCCGAUUUCGGCUCGUGCGCACGGCUAAACAGCAAACGCCUCGUCGAGUCGAACGUUGCGGUCGGCACGCCAGAUUACAUUUCUCCCGAGGUGCUCCAGUCGGUGGAGGCCGACAUGAGCUCUGGCCCCGCAAACGCGCGCGCCAAAGAAAAGAUCUCUGGCAAGUAUGGCUGCGAGUGUGACUGGUGGUCUGUGGGUGUGAUCAUGUUCGAAGUCCUUGUCGGCGACACACCGUUCUACGCCGAAUCGUUGGCCGAAACGUACGGCAAAAUCAUGGGACACAAGCGAUCGUUGACGUUCGACUCGGAGGCCGCUUCUGGCGUGUCUGAGACGGCUCGCGAUCUCAUUCGCAAGCUCGUUUGCGACCGCUCGACGCGUCUGGGUCGCGACGGCGCCGCCGACAUCAAGGCGCACCCGUUCUUUGCCGGCGUUGACUGGGAGCACUUCCAGCACGUGUCACCUCCUCCGUUUGUGCCCACGCUCGCCUCCAGCACGGACACGUCCAACUUUGAGAUUGACGAUGACGACACUGGCUCUGGCCACAGCGACGAAGCCGCCUCGCCCCCGCUGCCCAAAAAUGUGCUCUUUGCCUCCAUCCCAUUCGUUGGAUUCACCUGCAUGCCAGCACUGUCCGCUUCCGCGUCCGCCGAGGUGGCAGCGUCGAUUUUCGGUGCGACCGCCAAUCUCGCCUCGUCCCUGUCACCACCCACGCCUGUGCGCGGCCGUGCCAACAGCGUGACCAACGGCGUCGAUGGCACUGGCAGCCCUGUCAAGGACGUUUCCGAGGCUGUUGCCAACAAAAUCCGUGAAGUCUCGCAGCAGAACGCUGCCCUCCGCGCCGAGCUCGACAAGAUCAAGAACGACCGGUCCUUUGCAACGUUUGAGCUGGAGACCCUGCGCAAGACACUCGAGCGAACCAAGCAAGAGGCGGAAGAGAAUGAGGCGCGGCUGGAAGAGGCCGCUGCCGUCGCUUCCUCCCAGCGCGAUUCCUUGCGCCGACAGGUGGAAAACUUGCAGCUCGAGCUUGAAGAGAAGGCAGACAGCGAGCGCUCCUUGGCCGACGCCGAGACGCGGUUGCACUCUGAGACCAAGCAACGCGCCGAGCUGCAGCAGCAGGUUGAAGAGCUGCAGCUCGAGUCUGAGCGGUUGCGUCUCGAGGCCACUUCGCGCGCAGCCGCCGAGGCUGCCUUGCGGGCAGAGAAGGAGGCCUUUGAUUCCAAGCUGCUCGACCUGUCCGAGCGCGCGAAUGAGCUGCAAAGCCAACUCGAUGCGUCCCAGGCCGACCUGAAGGCUUCGAACGCCUUGGUGGCUGAGCGCACUGCCGCAGUCGAGCACGCCAAGGCCAGCGCCGUCGAGGCAGAGGAUGCGCGCAAGAAGGCCGAGCAGCUCGCCCUGCAUCGCCAGGAAGCCCUGGCGGCGGCGGAAGCGCAAGCUCUCACAUCCACCUCCGAGCUGGACAAGGCCAAGCAGCGCCAGACGUCUGCCGACGAGGAGCUUGCGCGCUUGCAGACCGAGCGCGACGACCUUCGUAAAAAGCUUGCCGAGUCCACGCAGUCCCUCACCGAUCAGCUGGCAGCCGCACAACAGGAGGCUCGCGACGUGCAAGCCGAACUCGAGCAAGUCGAGCAGGAACUCGACGCGGAGCGCAAAAAGGAAAAGCAAAAGGACCGCGCGCGCCGUGGCCUGUCCACCAUCUCCUCGGCUGACGCGCUGGUCGCCCAGCUGUCUGCCUGCCGCACUCAGCUGCAGGACGCCCGGGAUGAGCACGACUUGACCAUCCAGCAACUAGAGGCCGAGCAGCAGACCGUCCGCAAGCUGCGCGCAGAGUUGGAAGAGCUGCGGCUUGAAAACCAGCGGCUCGUCUCGCAGACGGAGCUCUUGCAGCAGCAGCUCACAGACACCAAGAGCUCUCGCGAGACGGCCACCUCGCAAAUCACCGAGAGCGAAACGCGACUCCGAGCUCUGGAAAAGCAGGCGUCCGACGCGCAGGAGGAGCUCUCGCGCGUUUCCGCCGAGCGCGACCGUUUGGCCGAGCGUGCCGAGGCCCAGAGCCAGGCCGCCAAGGAGAGCCGCAACAGCCAGCGCUCGGCGCAAGACCAAGCGAGCGCCCUCCGCGUCGAGCUGUCGCAGGCCGAGGAGGAGCGCAAGCGCGCGCUGAGCGAGCUCGAAGCCGAGCGUAAGGCGCACAAGGAGCUGCGCGAUCUCAAGGCGCAGCUGUCGCUCGAAGUGGAGCGCGUCUCCACCGACGCCCGCAAGGCGCAGUCCAAGCUCGACGCCGAAAUUGCGCGCGCUGCUCGCAGCCCCAACCCGGCCGACCUUGUGUCCAAGAUUGACAGCUUGACGCGCGAGAUUGCCACUGCCGCCAAGGAGCAGACCAAGGCGCAGAGUGAUCUCGAGCACCUCAAGGCGCGCUUGUCCGAGGACAAGGAAGCGUUCGAACGCGAAAAGGCCGACCUCACCCAGCAGCUUGUCGCCAAGCAGCGCCAGGUCAACCAGACCGAGGCGCGCCAAGACCGCCAAAACAAGGAAGACAUGCGCCGCCUGCAGCAGCAAAUCACCGAAAUGAAGUCGCAGCUCGAGAAGGAGAUUGUCAUUCGCCACCAGCUCGAAGCGUCGCAAGCCAAGGUCCAGCGCGAGUUGGACGACACAACGUACAAGCUCAAGGAGACGCAGGCCAAGUGGUCGGACCUGCUUUCCAUCCAGCGUCAGCAGAUGGAGGACAACAUGUUCUCGGGCUCGCGCACCUCGCGUGGGUCGUCCAUCGAUGCCUCCAUUUCGCCGUCCGGAUCGAACGUUUCCCAGCACCAAGCGGCCGCAGCGGCUGCCGCAGCUCGUCUCCACAAUGGCGAUUCGUCCUCCGAUCGCUCUGGAUCUUCGGUUGGCUCUGGAUCUUCGGUUGGCGCGUACCGCACAAAGCGCACGGGCUCCCUCGAUGCUACGAAUACCGGCUCUUCAAGCCAUCCGCCCACCAUCACUGCCUCAGCAGCUGCGGCUGCUGGUGGUGGUGGUUUGAGCGACACGACGACGACUGCCUCGGGUGCGUCCAGCCCGGCGCCCAAGUCGUCCUCGCUCGAUGUACCUUCGAGCUCGUCUGGCCGUUCGUCCUCGCGCAACCACAGCAACGCGCACACGUUUAUGCUCACGGACGACACUCGCUAUGUGCGCAAUGCUCCCUCUGGCAUGUCGCAGGGCACUUGCGCGCAAUGCCAGCAGCCCGUGCUUGGCGGCGGCAUUGUGGCGCUUGACAAAAUCCACCAUCCAAAAUGCUUCCAGUGCGCCAAGUGCUCCAAGGUGCUCAACUCUGGCUUCUACGACAAGGACGGCAAGGCCUACUGCGAGAACGACUACCGCCUGCUCUUCUGCCCUCGAUGCGCUUCGUGCAAGCAGUUUAUCUCGGAAACGGCGAUCGUCGCAAUGGACAAGCGCUACCAUCCAAAGUGCUUUGUCUGCACCCAUUGCCGCAAACCCCUGCGCGACUUCCACAUGCACGGCACCGACUUUUACUGCCAGGAGCAUUACCGCUCCAUCUGCACCACGUGCAACAAGGUUAUUGCUGCAGACAAGCAUGUUGAAUUCUUGGGACGCCGGUACCACGAGCAUUGCUUAAAGUGCGUCUCGUGCAGCAUGGGCUUCUUUGGCGGGGCCACUGUGCACAUUCUCGAAAACAAGCCGUACUGCGAGCGAGACUACCAACGCAAGCUCGCAUCGCCCGCGCCCAGCCGCCGUGCCUCGGUCUACGCCCCCGACGAGGCUAUCAUGCACUCGCCGAACGAUCACACGCACCACCAUUCGCUCGGGUCUGGCACGCAGCGACCCACGGGCGGGUCUCAAUCGCUGCGUCGCAAUCAAACCGUGAACGAUGCGGAUCGGCGAAGCCAGCUCUUUUCCAUUUCCGAGCCCGGCCAAUCUCCCAACGUCGUUAGCAGCCCAGGCUCGGGCGCUAGCGUGCGUCGCACGAGUACCCUGACCGACGCUGACCGGGCGCGUCCAAAUAGCGUGAUGAUGGGCUCGUCGUCGCCUGCACCUUCUUCCUCGGGCAGUGGCGGGUUGGUUUCUGGCGGAUCGCCAGGCUCGGUGCGCAGCCAGCGUCCCUUCACAAUGUACAAUGGCUCGCCCACCCCCAACGGUAGCGGCACUCCUGGCUCUGGCAGCGCCAGCGUCAGCAGCCGGUCCGAGCGCUUUGGCGGUCUCGGCAGCCGGUCUGCAUCUGGAGGCUCGUCGUCCUCACCUGGGUUCAACUCACCGUCCUCCACUACUGCCUCGGGCUCUCCAGGCGUGUCCGUCUGCGGUGGCUGUGGGCUCGAAGUGGGCGGCAACUGCAUUUUGGCGUUUGACAAAAAGUGGCAUCCAUCCUGCUUCAAGUGCAGCACGUGCGCGCGGUCGAUUGACGAUUCCGAGUUUGUUUCGAUUGGUGACCGCAACUACCACCAGACGUGCUUCCGCUGCAAAGGCUGCACCAAGUCGCUUGCAGGGCUUGCCUUCCGCAUGCGCAACAACGAGCCCAUGUGCACAAACUGCUCCAGCUCAACUGCCUCCACGCCACCAGUGUCGUCUUCUCAUUAGUCAACAAACUCUAGGGUGUUUCAGGGUGUUUAAUUAAAAAAAUCCCAGAGUUUGGAGCCUCAUCUAUUCUUUGUUCUGCCUGCUCUCUUUCUCUGUGUGCGUGUCUUUUUUGGUUUUUUGUUUUGUUUCUUUGCCGUUAUUAUGCGCCACCUUUGCUUGUGAUUAAUUUGGCGUUUUUCUUUUGUUUGCUUUUGAUACUAUGUGUUGUUUUUUGAUACUGGGGUGGCUUGUAAUAUUUUUUCUUCUCUCUUUAUGCACAUUACACUAGCUUCACAUCA